AUGGAGGAGGAAUUGAGAUCCAAACUCACUCAACUUAAGCAUCUUAGAGAAGAAGUCCAAAACGCCUUCAAGGAUGUCAGGGAGGAAUGCUCCUUUCUUCGCUUUGUCACUAUUGUGCGGACGCUAAGUAUUCUUCGCAAUAAGCAGUACAUUCAAAUGAUGAAAUGUCAUGUCAACAAGCUCUCAUGCUUGAUCUCAAAGAAGUUUGACGUCAACGAGCACAUAAACAACAUGUCUUCAUACCGCCUUUCGUUCUUUGAAAAACUUAUCCUUUGUAGAGGAUUUAAGUUUUCUCUACCUCAAAAAGUUUCACCCAUUGAAAUUCAAGCCAGCUUUGAGAAGGCGUAUUGGAGAAUAGAGCCAUUAUUGCAUGAUGCAGAUGAAAAGGAACUGGCUAGCUCAACGUUACGUUCAAUCGCUUUGAACUACAUUCAGCGUACAAGCCCUAAUCCACUUAAGGCUCUUGUCAAAGCUCUCAAUCGCUUAAAGAAACGUGACGACAUCGUUAUCACUAAGCCCGAUAAAGGUUCUGGGGUUGUAGUGAUGGACAAACCUGAAUACAUCUGCCUUCUAAGCGCUGCUUCAGUUGACAACACUUCUAAAUUUACACAUGUUGAUGACAAGCGACCAAAAAUGCGUGGACGACCACCCAAACAUUUUCACCCGCUCCUUCAAAAAGAGAAAGAGUUGCACGAAACUUUACAUCAAAUUCUGCCGGAUGAAAUUGCCAAUUCACUUUCUCCUAAGAGUUCCAGGCUCGCUCAUCUUUAUGGCUUACCCAAGACUCAAAAAGCCACACUAAGUAUGAGGCCUAUUUUAUCAGCAACCGGAACUUACAACUACAAUCUUGCUAAAUGGCUUGAACAAAAGCUGAAGCCACUUUCUCUAAAUGAGUAUACAAUCACUGAUGCUUUUACCUUUGCUGAUGAGAUUCGUACCCACACAAUUAAUGAAGAUGACAUAUUGGUUUCUUAUGACGUCACAGCUCUUUUUACCAAUGUGCCUUUAGAUGAGACUAUCAAAAUCUUAGUCAACAAAGCCUUCACUAGUGAUUGGUUCAACAAAACCUAUGGCCUUAAUCUGCAACAGGACCAGCUUGCUAUACUACUCGAGAUUGCCACAACCAAUCAGCUUUUCCAGUUUAAUGGUCAACUCUACCAACAGACAGAUGGUGUGGCCAUGGGCUCGCCCCUUGGUCCUCUAAUGGCCAAUGUCUUCAUGUGUCAUCUUGAAGAAAAGCUUACACGCGAGGGCUUGAUGCCCUAG